CAGUCUGUUUCGGCGGUUUAGCAGAAGUUCCUGGGCUUGCACUGGAUGUGACCGGGUCCGGGCUCAGAUUGACGCGAGUUGCUCUCGAGUGAACAUAGGGUGGGGGGUUUUCGAUUCAGGAACGAUUUCGGGGAAUUCGCCUGGGCCUGGGAUACGAUUGUGAUACAGCUGAACGACAAACAGAAGCUCACCAGACUUACCUCGAACGGAGGGAUCCUUUCGAAAUCGUCUUGGCGGGAACCUUGGUGUGCCCCCGCGAGCUAGGCCUGUAUGAGUGAUACUAAGUGUGUGGUGUUUUUUUUUUUGAUUAUGUGUUACCUGCCAUGAAAGAUGAUGGGUGGUUUCAGUUGUAAAGACCAAAAGAUAAGAUAAGCAGGAAUGGUAUUCACACUCUGAAUGGGUUGAUUUCCCCGGGUGUUUGAUGGGCUCGGAAAUAUGUAUUCUCUUUCCUAUAAUUUUUCCCCAUCAAUUCCGUUCAAUAUGGGCUGUAUUGGUGAGGAUCGGUAGCCAGCCGCGAAUGGCUCCCUUAGUCGCAGUGAGAUGUUCCUCGUGAUUCGGUCAACGUGCUGCCGUACUUUGUGUCCAUCGAGAAAUCAUUCACGCCGGUAGAAUCUGUGCGCGGAUCACAGAAGUUAGUUCCAUAGUGCUGUGCCAUAUAGGCUUACCUCGGCCGUGUGAAACGUUCAGUGAAUCCAUCUCCAGGAAAAAAAAACCAACCAGCUUCUGGUUCCGAAGAAAAUGAAAAUGCCUGUAAGUGCCAUAACAACAGCAGCAGUUAGUGCUCCUUCCGACACCAAUAACAACCGGAUUCCUUCCUCGGUUUGCUGUUCACCGAAUACAAGCAGCAGUGCCAAUUCGUCUAGUUCCGCCAGUAAUCCAGGAAUUGUUCACCCAACAACAACAACAACAACCGUCGGAGGAAGUUUAGGAAAGAUGGAAUCGAGAGACUCGAAGGAGAACACGCCUGGUCAAGAGACGGAAUCACCUGAACAACAGCAACAGCUCCACCAUCCUUCUCCAGCUCAAACUCCCCAUCAGCAGAAACAUACACCGCUGCAGGAGAUUGAAGUGCAUGAGAUAGUUGUUCCUACCGAUAUGACCAACAGUGAGGCUCAAUCUGCCGCUUUGCCAACGGCUGUGAUCAUCAAUCAACACAAGCAUCGAAUGAUAACUACCAGUGGAGAGAUUGCCGAAACACAUGACGGACAUCCACCACCGGAUUCAAUGGAGUAUGAAGCUGUGGAGUAUCACACGCAUACUGUCACAACUGCUACUGGUCACACCUAUGCAUACGAAUCACAAUCAGUUCCAGUAAGUCAGCACGGAGCUAGUUCUGCUUCACCUAUUCCUCAAUUUGUAAAACGAGAGUCAAGUCUGGAGAAAGAGAGAUUGAUUACCGUUGAAGGACAGCCUGUGCAGCUACAGGUUCCAACGCAAACAAUCUACGUGGAUUACAAAAAUGCAGCUGACGUUGAUGAGCCCAUACGGUACGAAAAUCCUCAACUGGUGCGAUACGAGGAUCUCAAGUAUCAUCCGAGAUUCGUGCAUUAUCAACCACCUCAGGCAAACUUACCCCUGCAUCCUGCUCAUCAUCCCCAUCAACAUGCUCACAUCCAAACGACUCACCUUCAACAACCUUCACAACAUGAGGUGGACUCUUCAGUCAAAUCCGAACACCUAGAACACCAACAUCAACAGCACCAAGCUCAGCAUGCUCAAUCGCAAGUGCAUCACCAUCAAACUGCUGUGCAGACGCAACCUCAACAAUCCCAGCACCAGCAGACCGUCCAGAUCUACGAUGCUCGGGACAUUGGCCAACCGGGUGAAGUUCAACAGGUUCCGGAGAACACUGUUGGCGAGGUCAAAUCCCACUACACCAAUCUGGAAACGGUGCAUCCAAUAUCGUCGGCCCAGAACUACUACAUCACACCGGAAAGCUACACCAACACCGGAAACUAUCCGUACAUCCCGUCCAAAGAAACCGUCUACUAUCACUCGGCUAGCCCUAAUACCGUUUUGUACAAAAGCAACGAUCCUACCUUGACAUCUUCGACGAUAUUCAGCAGCAAACCACUUUCGAAUCCCACUCAUUAUGCCUACGAAAACCCUCAUGCGCACAACAGUGGAUCUCCCGGAGCCCAGCCGAUCUAUCCCUACUGUUACGGAAAUCUGGAUUACAACAUCACCCACUCGAACUUCGAAACCGUUCAAAUCGCAUCGGGGCCGGCGGAUUACACCACCGGAAAUGGACAGGCCUGGGCCGAUCUCGGUGGAUCAUACGAUGCACCCAUUCUUCCACCGCCUGAACAGCGCGAAUGUGUCAACUGUGGCAGCUCGGAUACACCGCUCUGGAGGCGAGACAACGUGGGCCACACACUCUGCAACGCCUGUGCGCUCUUCAACCGGCAGAACCCGGGCUCCAAUCGACCCCCGAAUCGUAGCCAGAAAUCCAAACAACCACCUAAACAGCCGGUCCCCGGAAAUAGAAGAACGGGAGUGAGUUGUGCCAAUUGUCAGACGGUAACGACGACGCUGUGGCGAAGGAAUAAUCGUGGGGAGCCGGUUUGCAACGCUUGCGGACUUUAUCAUAAGUUGCACAACGUGGAUCGGCCGCUGACGAUGAAGAAGGAUGGGAUCCAGACGAGGAAGCGGAAACCAAAAUCAAACCAGGUGAUGCCAUCCUUGAACGGAAUCGGUAGCGACAAACUUCUUCCCUCGAUGAUCAGCUCCCAGCUGCACGCCCAGGUUGGUCCCCCCGGAGGUGCCGGUGGAUCGCCCGGGGGCCAGAAGCAACUGCUGAUUGCAACCCACGGCCAUUCGCUAUCGGUUCAGCACUCGAUGGAGCAUCUUCAUGGUUCGAUUCCAACGUCCGCGUCCUCAGUCGCCAGCAGCAGCCUCCAUCAGGACCAGCAACAGCAAAGAUACGUCGAUAGUACCACGGUCGGUGGGGGUGGAUCCGGCGGCGGAAGUAGCAUGUCCCCACAUUUGCCUAGCAACAACAGCCUGUCACGUCACAUUUCCACCAGUGUCCCAACCAUCGAUUCCAGCAGAAAUGGAGAAAUUACCAGUGUAAUAACCAGUACGGCAGUCGCCGAGCGUGCCAGUAAUUAGAUAAUUUACCAGUAGAAUUAUUUGUUUUGAAAAUUAGUCAGUAAGCAUGAUUGUAAGUAGCCAUAUUUCCCCAGUACCAAAUAUUUAGCCAGUAAGAUCGGGUGUCCAAAGUCUGGUUUAGGUGUAACGAGAUAGGAAUGUCGUUUUAAUGAGUAGAAUAAUUAUAAAAGAAAGUAGGACGUAAACAAAG